AUGUCUUCCAAGUACGCUUCUUCCCACGUUUCUCCUCAGGGCCCUGGGGAUGCUCGUCCCACAGCUCUGCAAAUCAUCCAAGACGAGUGCCUCGAAGGCAAACUCUCGGACAAGGUCGUCCUCAUCACUGGCUGUUCCUCCGGUCUGGGCGUUGAGACCGCGCGUGCGCUGUUAGCGACUGGUGCAACGCUGUACCUGGCGGUUCGCAAUCCCGCCAAGGCGAGAGCUACCCUGGGCGACAUGUCUCAGAACGACCGAGUCCAUCUCCUGACUCUUGAUCUGAACGACCUCUCCAGUGUCAGGGCGUGCGCCGCAGAGUUCGCGACGAAGAGCAAGACUUUGAACAUCCUUAUCAACAACGCGGGUGUCAUGGCGACUCCUGAGGAAAAGACUGCCGAUGGUUUUGAGACCCAGUUUGGCACCAACUAUCUCGCACAUUUCCUCCUAUCCCAGCUUCUGAACCCUAUCCUUCUUGCUUCAUCGACCCCGGAAUCCCCUUCACGCCUAGUCAAUGUUUCUUCAAGCAUGCACAGAGCUUGCGAGGUUCAGUUCGAUAACCUGAACUGGACUGGAAACUACGACCCCUGGAUGGCGUAUGGCCAGAGCAAGACUGCCCUUGUCUGGAUGGCCAACGAAGUGGAACGUCGAUACGGUUCAAAGGGCCUCCAUGAUUUCAGUCUUCACCCCGGGGGCAUUCUUAGCGGUCUUCAGAAACAUCAAGGAGCAGCGACUACCGUGUGGGCGGCGGUCAGUAAGGACUUGGAGGGCCUGGGUGGAAAGUAUCUGGAGGACUGCCAGAUCAUUGGCGCUUGGGACCCCGCGACUGGUGAAAUUGGCCCUGGAUACGCUACUUGGGCGUAUGAUCAGGAGAAAGCCGAGAAGCUGUGGCCUCUGGGACUCAAGCUUGUUGGGCUAUCGGAUACUGAUUAA